AUGGUGGCGGAUGCUUUCUCAGCUUUGAUUAAGAAGGCUUCGGAUCAUAGGCUCGUACAUGGAUCAGGGGCUAGUAGGAAAGGGCCGAAAAUAUCCCAUAUUUUCUUUGCUGAUGACAAUCUGCUAUUUGCAAGGGCCAACCGUGUGGAAUGCUCGAAGAUAGUUGAUAUACGCAACAUUUAUGAAGCAGCUUCCGGUCAUAAAAUUAAUUAUGAUAAGUUGGAGGUCUCUUUUAGCAAAGGCGUAUGUGUUCGGAAACAGGAAGAGUUGGUUGAUUUGUUGAAAAUGAAACCGGUUAUGAAGCACGAGAAGUAUCUUGGUACUCCCACUGUCAUCGGGAGAUCCAAGAGAAUGGUUUUUGCGGCUUUAAAGGAUAGAAUUUGGAAAAAGUUACAGGGCUACAAUGGGAAGUUACUUUCGAGAGCCAGAAAGGAGGUGCUCAUAAAAGCUGUGAUUUAA